AUGAUUGCCGGCGGUGGCAGUGGCGGCAGCAGCGUCGGCAUCGGCGCCAACGUCGGAGCCACCAGCAUCAGUGGGUGCUAUUACAACAAUGGUUUAAAUGGUGGCGGCGGCGGUGGCGGUGGGAUUAGUGGAGCGACCGGUGUCGGUAUCGGUGGCCUCAUUGGUCCUGGUGGCGUUGGUGCGGACGGCGGCUGUAAAAGCUACCAAAGAAAAUACUACGACAUAAAUUGACUGAAUGGUGUGGGUGGCGGUUGUGUCGAAGACAACAAAAAUCACUGAAGUUGUGCGGCGACAGACCUAAAAGUAUAAUGGACACCGCAUACACAUAUACAUAUGGAUGUGUGUGUGCUACUAUGCGUGCUUGUUUAGACAUGUGUGUGUAUAUCGUAGAGUAUGUAUGUAUUUUUAUUAUUGACUCAGUUAUUAUUUAAUGCGCAUACUUUCCCUAUUGCCGUUAUGUAUAUGAAGUCGAAAGUGUGCUUAGCAAAGAAUUUAGUUUUUAAGUUUAAUUCAUAGCAGGACAAUAUUUAAUUUUAAUUUAUAAUAUAAUCUAAUUUUAAUAUAAAUUAUGUAUUGCAUUAGUAUAAUUUGAAACAAAAAUUUUUGUUUUGAAAUAACGGUGUUUUAUCAUGAUGUUUGCUAAUAACUGUUUGUGUAAAUGUUACUGCAAUGUGAGACUGGCGUUACGUUUUGAAAGCCUAAAUUGUUUUUGGAAAAUAUUGUUUCGAGUAUAAGCAGAAAAUGUGCCAAAAAUGUUUUUGAACUAAAUUAAAAUUGAAUCGAGCAUAUUUUGUUGCAUUGAGUUCUAAGCUUUUCGGUUAUAACCGCGUAA